AUGAAUCUGGUUGUGAUUUGCUGGUGUAAUACGAUUUGUGAUUUUCUUCACUUUCUCCAUUUCCAUCACCAGCGUUAUCCUCCGUCCUCUGCCCGCGCCGCGCCGCGCACGCGAACCGCACCUCUCCCCGCCGCCCCAACCGCUCCCGUCCGGCAAGCCUUCCUCCUCCCCUCCACCCGCCUGCUUCCCACCACCCAUGGAGCCCUAGUCGCGCCGCCCUCGAGCCGACUCGACCAGCGAUGGUCCUCGCGGAGGCCUUGCGCGCGCGGCUGCUGGCCGCGCUGCGGCCGUGGCUGGCGGCGGACCCGGCCGACCUGCGGGUGGAGCCGGGCCUCGCCCGCUCCCGCGCCGUCGCGCGCGGGCUCGAGCUCGACGUCUCCGCGCUCAACGCCGCCGCGGGGGAGCCCGCGCCCUGGCCCGCCAGGUUCGACCGCGCGGUCGCCGCAGAGGUCGAGCUCGCCGCCUCGCCCUGGGCCGCCCCCGCGCUCUGCGCCGUCGUGCGCGGCGUGGACGUCGCGCUCACACUCAGGGAGCCUGCGCGGAAGAAGCAGCGGCCAGACUACAAGGAAUGGGUCUCUAAGGAGAAGAAGAGAGUGCUUGCAUCAUUGGACCCUCAGGGCCAAAUGUUGCAUGAGAUGAUUGAAGGGGUAGUUAACUCCAUGGAAGAUAAGCUUGCUUCAGUGUUUUCCAGUGUGCUUCUGAACUGUGGUCAGGUGCGGCUUGAUGAUGUCACGAUACAAGUUCGAUAUCUUGAUGACUCCCAUGUUUUUGUAUUGAGGACAACUGACUUACAGUUUGGUCCUGAGCUUGUUUUUCGCAGCUCUCUGUUCAGAGGACUAGUUGGGUCUUUUAUAUCAUUCAGAAAGAAGAAUAGCAUGUUUGUUAAAUGUGCUGAAUUUGAGUUUUUGCUGAAGGAGAAUGAUUCUAUAGAUUGCACUGCAUCUCUCACCGGCAUAUCUGCUUCAGUUAGAUUGGAUAAUCUCCAAGUUGCUGCUUUUGGCAUUCAUAUCCCAAGUGCAUGCUGGGAGAUUUCACCCAAAUUUGUUCCUUCGUUGAUGGUGAUAUUGGAUAUUACAAGCCAGAAGGAAGAGUAUGGGGUUAGGAAUGGCAGAGAGCUUUGGAAAAUCGCUGCACAAAAGCUUGACAACUCAGUAGUGCGUCGAAGAUUUUCUUUAAACAAGGCCGUAAGCCAUGCUGCUUUCUGGCGGCGCUAUGUUCAUGCUUAUGUACUGUUGCUAACAUUAGUAGGGUAUCCCUCUGACAAGAUUAUAGUAAGGAACUGUGGUAGGGUAUCAAGGAACAGGAAACUCUGGGAUUCUAUCAGAGAUCAUUGGGAAACUGUUAUUGAUUUGGAGGAGAAAAUUCCUGUAGAAGCUAUUGCUAGAGCACGGUGUGCCGCACGUUCAAAACUAAUUGUGUCACAGCAACUAAACAAGCAAGAAUCAUCAAAAGCGCUUCUGGUUUCUUCCUUGUUGAAAGUUCUUUCGCCCUUUAUAUAUUUAUGGAGGUUUCUUGGGUUCAUAUGGUGGUCAGUGUGGGCAACUAUGGGCCCUGGAAACAAAACAUAUAGAUCAUAUGCAUAUAUUUUUCCUGGUGUUACUCAUGAUGUAGACACGGAGCUUCAGCUCAGCGUCCACCUUGGGGAACUCUCUGUAACCUUGUUACCUAUUGCUGAUCACUUCACUGAUUCAAAAAGACCAAACAAAGGAAACAAGACCUAUCAGAUCGAUUCACCUUCGGCACAUCUUGUAAUGAAGUCAUCAUGCUUACUUUACUCAGCUGGUUGCACCACACAAUCAUUGUUUUUAGCAGUUGGGGAACUGAAGACAUGCCUUUCUGGUGUCCUAAAGUUACUACAGGUAGACAAUAGCAACACUCCCAGGAGGAAUUCAUCUUUUGGAACAGCAGAGUUUGCUGAAGACACUGACUCUAAGAUAAUACUCUGGAGUGACUCUGCUAGUAUGCACCCAUUCUCCCCACAACAAUCAAACAAAUCUUUUUCCUACAAUGAUGAUUUGUCCACAGCCCUUGUAAAGAGUGAUAUGGAUGAGUUAUGGUCAAAUUGGAUGAUAAUUAGCAAUUUAUACAAUGCAUCAGGUCUGAUGCAUCAUGAUAAACCUUCUGUUAUUUUUGAAUCCAAAUAUUUUCUCAUCGAUCCUUACAAAAGUGCAAGUGGUUUUCAGCAACUUAGAUUCACAGUUGGGAGACUAAACAUUGAUUUGGAUUAUCUAUGUGCUUCAUCAACUUAUGUGCUAUACAGACAGUUCAUGCACUACAAACAGCUGAAAGAACUAACUGAAAAAUCACCAGACCUUUCGAACAGCGGUGAUACCUAUGUAGCAUCUACGGGUGGAAUUGUUGAGAAAUUGAGAUCAUUCAAUCAUAGAAUGAAGUUUGCGAUGUUAGAUGCUACUCCAGAAAAUACCCUUCACAUUGUAGCACUGGUUGCCGGUCCAAGUAUACAGUUAUUCUUUGAUAAAAAUAAUGUGUUGCAAAGUAGCAAAUAUGUAUACAAACCCCUUCUUUCUCAGAUGGAUAGCAAGUCCCGUAUAGUUCUCAGUCUGGCAUAUGUGGAAUGUGCUCUCUGGCCAUCAUCUCUAUCUGCUCCAGCUCAUCUAAGAGCUAAUUCACAUACCAAAGAAUCACAUAACACAUUUGCUAGUGUGAAGGAGCCUCAAGAACCACAUCAACUACGAACAGAAAGUAGUGCAAGGCAUGCUUAUCCAGGGUCUGUUGUGCUGGAUGCUUGCUUCAGUUUUGCUGGUUUAACUAUUCUGAUAGAUAAUCCAGAGACAAUUCAGCAGUCUCACAUUUUUGGACCGAUGUCAGCCAAUUUGCAGCUUUCAACAAGCAGGAAGUAUGUCCAUUCCUUCUUUGGGGCUAGAAACAUUAUCUCAACAAACUUAGGAGGAGGAAUUGUUGGUUGCAUAGCUUUACUCUACAUGGAUGAACUUUUCACUGUUUGCCAGCUUAUUGAAAGCAUGCAUUUGGAGGCAUUGAAGUAUGACCUUGUUAAUGUUAAGUAUUCCCAAUAUUUCAUUGGAAGACUAGCAUCAUUUUACAAAAAAAAUAUGAAGGGGAGCACAAUGGAGCUUGUUGCUGGCCAUAUUACCCAGGAAGAAACAGUUGACCCUCAUAUUGAACUCAAUGUUGAAAUACAACUUGAUUUGGAGUCAGCAGACAUCAUCUUUAGUGCUUCACGCAAUGAACUUUUCCCAAAUCCUGCUGUGUUUAUUAACAGUGCCGUAAACUACAUCAGCAGCUCACCUAUAUUUGAGGGCACAGCAACACAGGAAUUACUUGACAUAUUAGCUUUAGGUGUUGGUUUUUGCAUCAUAAGUUCUUCUUUGAAACUUCUGCUUGAUGGAGAACGCACAGACUUCCUCAUUAGUCUAUCUGGAAUUCAAUCUGUGGUAUUCGAUAAUCAAGCUCAGAUGAGUAUUUAUAAUGAUAUACAUCAGCACGGAACCAUAUUUAGUGACUCACUGCAUAGCAAGAACCAGCUCAUUAUAUCAGACUGCAUCUUUCAUCUUAGUGUUGGUUGCAAUAAAGACAACUUGACUGAUGAGAAACUGCAAGAUGGAUCUGGAACUUGUUGCAUUUCUGCUUCUUUAGGAGUUUGCUAUUCAAUUAAAAUUGAAUUUACAGAGGUUUAUGUUGGAGACUACAGCAUACACACUUACUUAUCUGAAUUCAGUCAACGCAGCAAACAGAAAAUCUCUCUGUUGAUCCAUGAUGGCCUUCAGGUUGUCAAAUGCAAAAUUCAGGGUGGUUUGAUCUUUCUGGAAACUAUUUCUUUAGCUAAGCUUGUUUUCUGUUGCAAAGUUUACUUUUGGCUGCUUAUGGAUCUCCCACUGCGGGAAACACCAAACUUAGUCAAAGAUUCAGUACCUCCAAUCUCUUCAGGAAGUGACUAUAUUGUUACCAACAUAUAUACAGAGAGGGAGGUAGCAACUGUGUCUUUAGGUGCUCAUUUACAAAGUGAGGAAUCCAAAUUGAACGCCGUCAAAUGCCUUGAUGUUGAAUCAUCUGGGGUGUCCCUAACUCUUGUUGUUGCAGAUGAAUCUGGUACAUAUCAGGGAUUAACUUUUGAAGUUGACUUAAGUCUUCAGCGAAUGAACCUUGGCAUGAAGUUUCUGUUUGAAGUAAAGCGUCUUUCGAUUUCCACUAUUAGAAGUAUCCACAAGAAUACCCCUGAACAAUUAAGAGAUGUACCGGCACCUCGUUUUCGAUCCAGCAAGUCUGUUGCUCUUUCAUCUCAGUCUGAAAUUCAAGAAUAUCUCCCAUUUGUAGAAGCAGACAAUAUGCUUACUUAUGGUCAUGAUGCUCCUUCAAGCUCAACUUCUGCACUGGGAAGUUCAACAGGCAACACAUCAUUAGAAUUUUCUUCACAUGAGAAUUAUAUCCUCAAGCAUUUCUCUUCUUAUCUCAAGACUGAGAAAAAAAUAUUGGAUGGAGAUUCCAGUUUGGUGAGUUUAAGUGGUGAUUGGUUUGGAUAUGGUUCUGUUUCUGGUUUGGAGGUGGCGAUGUCACUCUCAAACAUUGAGAUGAUCUCAUCAUUACUUGCUCCUUUUUAUGGGAUAAUGAGUUCUGGCUCAACUCAGAAAGAAAUACAGACUGGUGGCACUACUCACCAAGCACAGCUGGACAAUAUGGAUUGUACUAUACCUGAUGGAUCAAUUGUUGCUAUAAGGGAUCUUAAUCAACAGAUGUAUGUAUCAAUCAAAAACACUGGAAGUACAUACCAAGUGGUUGGUGCAUACCAUUAUUCUCUUGCUGGUGAACACGCAUUAUUUAAGGUGAAACACCAGAAGAGAUGGGGAUCCAGCACCCAAUGCAUUUCUCUUUUAUCUUUAUCUGCAAAGAAUGAUGAAGGCAAAGAGCUGGCCCUUAGUUUUUCUCAAGGAUCAGAUUUCGUCGAAAUGUCUUCUUAUGUUGACAAGCCUUGUUCAAUUUGGAACACACUUCCUUUCAGGAUUGAUAAUUUUGAGGAUGACGGUGAUGAUGGCAAAUCUUACAAGGUUAUACCAAGAAGUUCAUACUAUCUUGUCAACAAGAAAAGAAAUUAUGGCAUUGCAUUUGUUGAUGGCUUGCUGGAGUUUGUGAAAAAGCCAGGAAAUCCAUUUAAAGUGCAGGUUUUUGAUGCAUCUAUUUUUUCUGAUGUUGCAAGGCUUAUUGUUCCCCAUAUGAACUUGGAUAAUAUGACUUAUUUAAAUGUGGACGAUGAUGUGCCUUUUGCUGUGAGGGAUAGAUUGGCAAGCGGUGCAAGUUCUCAACUUAUAAUCAUCAAUGUUGAUAAGAUUGUUUUUACCAUCACUCAUGAAGUGUUUGAUACUGAUAAUGUUUUUCCACUUGUCCGAACCUGCAUAAGUGAUGUCCGUGUUGUCACACAAAUAUUCCCAUCCAAGCUCAGGAUUCUAAGUUCAUUCAAAGUCUCAGGGCAGUAUUUCAAGGCACGAAGAAAUCUGUGGGAGGAACUCAUCUCUCCUAUCACCUCCUAUACGUUCUUUCGUUCUAGGUUUCGAAAAUCAGACCCAGUCACUAAGUAUGGCAAGAUGCCCAUCCAUUUCUUCCUUCAUUUAAAGCAGGUGGAUAUAUUUAUUAAUGAGCUUUCAGUUGACAUCCUUCUAUAUUUGGCUGGAAAAUUAGACUUGAUGGGUCCAUAUGCUGUGAGAAGCUCAGCUAUCUUUCCUAACUGCUGCAAGAUAGAGAACGGCUCAAGGCUGGCACUUGUAUGUCAUUUUAAAGAUAAUGGGGAUGCAAUAGUUCCUGGACAACAGUCAACUUCAGUUUUCUUGAGGCACUUUACAUUUGAUGAUAAUCUUCCACAUGAUCAAAAUGUGGUUUCUAUUUGUUUAUUCAAGGAAGGGGUAUUUUCAACUAUUCCAAUCAGCAUUUCUCUCCAUGAGCCUGGUAUUUUCGCAUGGAGGACCCGCGUGUCACCUGUCAAAGAUUCGAGAAGCUUCUCUGGACCAUUUGUUGUGGUUAAAGUGUCCCAGAAUUCUGAGGAAGGAUUAUCCCUUUCAGUUCAACCUUUGUUGAGGAUCUAUAAUAAGAGUGACUUUCCCCUUGAACUUCGGUUUCAGAGGCCAAACAAAGCUGAUGAAGAAGCAGCAUUUGUCACAGUUAGAAGUGGAGACAUGGUUGAUGAAUCUACUGGAGUAUUUGACGCCAUGGAUUUAUCUGGAGGAUCCAAAAGAGCAUUGAUGUCUCUAGCUCUUGGCAAUUUUAUGUUGUCAAUCAGACCUGAGAUGUCUGAAUAUUCUGAAAAUAUUAGUCAGCCAGCUUCAGUGAAAUGGUCAGAAGACAUAACCGGUGAAAAAGCUAUCCGGAUAUCUGGGAUUAUAGAAAAGCUUAAUUAUAACCUAAGAAAAGCCUUCAAUGUUGAUUCCAUGAAGUCUUUUUUUAGCUCUUUGAGUUGCCCUGUUUUUGUCGAUGGUCAUCAUGUUACAGAUCUUCAUUUUUUAAUUCAUACUCUGGGUAGAGAUGUGCCUGUGCAGCCUACAUAUGGAACUCGUGUUUCUGACAGAAGUGCACCAGUGGCAUUACAGUUCCAGAGAGAAAUAUUUAUAUACCCGACUGUACAAGUGUAUAAUUUCUUGCAAACAGACAUACAGGUGGUUCUGACUGACUGUCAACUGGGAAAUAUCAUAGAAGAUAACGUUGGCAGCAUUGGCAAGCAGGCAACGAUUAAGAGUGGUUCUAGUGCUUAUUUUUAUGUGAAUCCUGCCCUAUUUAAUUUCUCAGUCACACUGAUUUCAUAUGGUUCAAAGUCCAAGACAGUUAAUAGUAGUGAUUGGGUUAAGAGAAUGCAAAAGCAGACAGCUCGAGCUCAGUUCCUUGACAUGCUGCUAGAAUUUGUUCCUGGGAAGUAUCAUUCUUCUUUAAGAUUAUUACGUCAGGAGAAAGGCUUGUUGGAGGUUGCUUUGUUCACAAGAUACAUACUACAUAAUACCAGUGAUUACCCCUUACUGUGCACAGCUUCCCAUAAAAAACCACUACCUGAGUCUGAACCUGGAACAAACAAUAUUAAUCUUCCUCCUCAGCAUGGUUGUAUUUUGCCCUCAAUGUCAAUGAGCUCCUGGUUUACAAAGUCAAGUAAAUUGCGAAUAAGCCUACAUAGAGAGAAGGGAUCAGAAACUAUUAUUGAUUUGGAAGCAGUGUCUGGCUUCACUGAUUUUUUUCUGGAGAUCGAAGAUAAUAUGUUGCCUCAUCGUAUGGCAGCUUUUGGAGUGUCUUUGAAACCUGUUCUUUAUGACUUGCCUGUGCCAUCACAAGUUGUACUAAUUGUUCCAAGAUAUGUUAUUUCAAAUGAGUCUGGUACUGCAAUUGCUGUUCGCCAAUGUUUUGUUGAGCACGACACAGAUGGAUUGACAGUUGAAGCUAAACAGAGGGCUACCUUACAAACAUGGAAACCUGGAAAAAAGCGAGAAGUAAAUUACUUUGAUUUAUUUGUCAAGAAGCACAGAAAUGUAUUUGAGGAUUCUCACAUUUUUAUCCAGUUUUGUCCAAAAGAAACUGGAUAUAGUUGGUCUGGACCAAUCUGUGUUUCAUCAAUUGGCCGUUUUUUCUUGAAAUUUAGAAGAUCAGAAGCCAUGGUUGUGACAGAUGGUAUUAAAAGAGAUACUUUACGUGAUGGGAGGCUGAAACAGUUUGCUUCUGUUGAUGUUGUUCAAGAGACCACUUCUUUUGUCUUACACUUCACUAAGCCACCGAAGGUUACACUACCAUAUCGAAUAGAGAAUUGCUUGAAUGAAGCAUCUAUCAUGUAUUUCCAGAAGGAUUCAGUUGAAUCGGAUGUAUUACGCUCUCAAGAGUCAGAACAGUACGCCUGGGAUGACUUAAAUUUACCCCGCAAAUUGGUUGUGCGCAUUGUUGAUACACCUGCAUUGCGUGAAAUUAAAAUAGAUAAAAUCAGUCCAUGGAAGCCAUUUUUGAAGAUGCGCCAAAAUAGCAGGCUUAAUCUGGAUUUCUCGUUCAGUAAUGGACUCAGUUCAGGAAAACAAGGAUUCGAUGAAUCAUUUGGAUUGAGGGCGUUCAAAAUUGGCUAUGAAGUAUAUGCUGAUGGUUUAACAAGAGUUCUACGAAUAUGUGAACUUGCAGACAAUCCCAAAACCGAGAAAAUUCAAUGGCCAAUAGCAAGUGUACAGUUCAGAAUGUCUUAUGUGUGUACUCAUCUUCUUGACAAAGUCCAGAGUGGGGAAAAGGUCCAACCGCCGUCUACAAUCUUAACAGCAAGACUUCAGCAUGUGUCUGCAGACUCAGUUAUCACAGAUAAAUACAAGCAUGUAUCUGUUGCAAUUCAUUCAGUGAAUGUGGAUGAAAAAUGGGAAGGAGCUUCAUUUGGGUCAAUUCUUAGGAGGAACAAGCCUCAGGAUGCUAGUCUCGAUGAAAGUAUUCUUCGCAUAAUCUUUGUAUUGAAUUCAACAAACUCUAGCGUCAAACAAAUCCAAUACUGUUCGAUUAUUCUACAGCCUAUUGAUCUGAAGAUUGAUGAGGAAACAUUAAUGAAGCUUGUACCAUUUUGGAGAGCAUCCCUUGCUCCUACGGGAAUGCCGAGUACACAGUUUUAUUUCAGACAUUUUGAAGUACAUCCAAUUAAGAUCAUAGCAAGCUUUCGUCCUGGUAUCCGACGCACAACUUAUAGUUCUGCUCAAGAGGCUUUGAGAGCACUAUUGCAUAGUGUUAUAAUGGUGCCUGAGAUUAGCAACUCAGCUGUGGAGCUCAAUGGAGUUCUCCUAAAUCACGCUUUAGUUACAUUUCGUGAGCUACUUCUGAAAUGUGCUCAGCAUUAUUCAUGGUACGUCUUGAGGGCAAUCUACUUAACAAAGGGAAGCUCGUUGCUUCCUCCAUCUUUCGCCUCAAUUUUUGAUGACUCUGCUUCAUCUGUUCUUGAUGUUUUCUUUGACCCUUCUGAUGGCUCGCUGAACCUCCCUGGGCUUACCAUAGGCAUGUUUAAAUUUAUAAGCAAAAACAUGAAAUCAGGUGGUUUUUCUGGAACAAAACGGUACCUUGGUGAUCUCGGGAAAACUGUUCAAACUGCAAGUUCGAAUGCUCUCUUUGCUGCCGUCACAGAAAUUUCAGAUAGUGUUGUGAGAGGAGCGGAGACAAAUGGUUUAAAUGGCAUGGUUACCGGUUUCCACCAAGGUAUAUUGACGUUGGCAAUGGAGCCAUCUGUAUUAGGACAGGCUAUAAUGGAGGGUGGUCCUGACAGAAAGAUCAAGCUUGAUCAUAGCCCCGGACUUGAUGAGCUAUACAUCGAAGGGUACCUACAGGCUAUGUUGGAUGUCAUGUAUAAGCAAGAAUAUCUCCGUGUCAGGGUGAUUGAUGACCAGGUUAUCCUAAAGAAUCUACCUCCAAAUAGUGCUCUGAUAAAUGAAAUCGUGGACAAUGUCAAAAGCUUUCUCGUGAGCAAGGCGUUGUUAAAAGGAGAUUCUUCUACAGUUCGGCCUUUGCGCCAUCUGCGAAAUGAACCUGAGUGGAGGAUCGCGCCGACGGUGCUCACCCUGUGCGAGCACCUGUUCGUGAGCUUCGCCGUGCGCGUGCUGCACCGGGAAGCAUCCAAGGCCAUUGCCGGAGUGAUGUCGAGGGUGAAGAAACCCACUGGAGGCGACGGCGAUUGCGAGGGCGAAGGCGACUCAUCCUCAUCUGGUGGAGCCAUGUUGAAACGGAACAGGCUGUGGGUCGUCGGAAGGUUUGCGGUUUCGGGCAUGGUCGCCUACGUCGACGGCCGGCUGUGCCGGCACAUACCCAACCCCAUCGCCAGGAGGAUCGUCAGCGGGUUUCUACUAAGCUUCAUUGAAAGCAAGGGCAACGAAUAGGCAGGCCACAUGAUCACAUGUUCCUCUGCUCCUACCACGGUGAAUAGGCAUGCACGUUGCUCAAAGAAACCAUGUGUGGUAGUGCACGUAAUCUGUCACUGUAAUGUGUAGCUUUGUACAGCAAUUUUGACCGGGACAUGAGCAUACGUUUUAUGUACAGAAACACCGGGACAAGGAAGGUUGUCAUGCUUGGGGUGAUAUAGCUACGCCGGAUGCUUCCCUCCCUGCAGUGCAAUUUCUGUGGUCCGCGCGUGGGAAUCUUUUUAUACUUCUAUGAGAUUUGAAUUGUUCCAACUAAA